AGCGACCACACUGCAGACCACAUGACUCCACAGCCUGUAGGACUUUACGAGGAGCACGUUAAUGCGUCACAGGGUAGUGCUGUAUUCGGGACUGUCGAUGAUCUCAGUCACAGGUGAAAGGAAAAGCACAGCGCAUAUCUACGAGGGACACGGAUUUGGAAACAGGUUUACCUGCUUGAGCUUUUUUUUCUGCUCGGCGCACCGGCGAAACCAUGAAGUGGCUCCUCGUGUUAAGCGUCCUAAUAUCGUGUACAGGAACGAUUGUGAGUCUCUCCUGCACAGUCGAGAUGAGCCCUUCAAGUGCUGUGGUGAAAUUUGGAGAUCCCCUCUCAGCCAACUGCAGCUCAUCGUCCAACCAGACAGCGUCAAUGGGCUGGGAGUCCAUAUACAAAACAGCAGGACUUCAAAAAGGGGUGUCAUCUGUUCUCUUUAAAGUAGACUCUGUGGUAAAUUGGGAUGUUGGACCAAUGUGCUUCAUCAAUCUCCAUGAUGGUACUCAGUGUAUAGACUCCCUACCAGUCACUGUGUACAAAAUGCCAGACAGUGUGUCAAUGACUCGGCCGGGUCAAUUGGGCUCCAUGAUCGAGGGUGAGACGUAUCGCAUGCGGUGUGACAUUGUUAAUGUUGCACCAGUAGCAAAUGUCUCUGUGCACUGGUAUAAAGGGGAUCAGAUCAUCUAUACAGAGAAACGUGAGGGGUCCACUCCAUUUCCAGACAAUAUAUCGUCUGCCUUCGAUCUGACCGCCCAAAGAGGAGACAAUGGAACUCAGUUCUGGUGUGAAGCAAAGCUGGACCUUUCGCCAUCAGUACCAAAUAUGCCCACGGUCCUAUCAGAGCCACAAGAAGUGACUGUACUGUACUCCCCCGCCUUCACCCAGCCUGAAAAUGAGACGCUGGAAAUCUCAGAUGGUACUAAAAUCAUUUUAGAUUGCACUGCUACAGGAAACCCAACGCCGGUAUACAGCUGGCAUUUCCCACAUUCAGUACAACGGACAAAUACAAAGCAAGAUGAGAGUCAAGCCAUUCUGACCCCGUCCUUUGAGCUUCCAGGGACCUACAGCUGCACAGCGUCAAACACCCAGGGCACCAUGACCAAAUAUUUCACUGUCGUCGAAGGUCCAAGUAGUCACGCUGGAACCACUGCUGGGAUUUUAAUGGCUGUGUUCCUUGCUCUAAUCUUUAUUUUGGCAUGUGUGGUUUAUCGCAAACAAAAAGGCACACUUUUGCUGCAAGAGCAGAGUGUCAGAUGAGCUGAGAGAAAGAAUGUAACAAAAACUCCCAUCUCCCACAGGGGAUCGCACAACCUUCGCAGCCUUGGUUGGAGGAUUUAUGAUCCUGGGAGUCCUGCUCCUCAUCAGCGGUCUUUUUUUUGUGACACCUGAAGGAACGUUUUCUUGCAACAAAGGCAGCUAUCUCAAAGGACAGCCUACCUCAUCGGGACCUGUAUGAGGACGACUUUUUUUAAAAAUUAAAUUUAGCAUGGCUUUGUGAUGAACAUGGUGCCUUUUUUAAUGGUUUUUUUUUGUGCUUGGAUAUCACUUCUGCGUGCUCAGUUGGCGGGCUUCUGCUCGCGCUUGGCCGCUGCAGUUUUAAGAAUGCAUAAUCCUAUCAACUGUCUUUGAAGUGCCACUCAUCAAUAUUGUUUUACUAACAUGUUAUUAUGUUAUUUAGGGGAAAAAAACAGGAUACACAGAUAAUGAGAGAGCACAUUAACAUACACUGCAGUAGCCUGGUUACUGUAAAUGUGUGUAUUCCUGCAGCACAGCCCCAAAAUAAUAUCUGGAAGCAUAACUCACUUAUUUUAAGUUUUGUAAUGAUGCUGCUUCCUGACUGCUUCGCCCCGGAUUUAGACUUCUACAGGCUACUUUGAGUUCCAGUUUCAUUCUGACUUAAGAUGGCAUUAUUGUGUACUCUCCUUUCAUUGUGCCACUGUGGUGUCACAGCAGUCCGCUUUCGCUGUCUGAAAUCUGUGUCCUAACAAUGUGCAAAUAUAAAAAGCUGACUUUAAUCUGGUUACAUGGGUGCAUGCAAACACUCUUGACUGAAUCAAAUUACUGUGGGACCCAGGAGCAUUAAUGCAAACCUCUAAUUAGCUCUUUAAGCUGUUUUUGUUUUGUGGCCAGCAAAUUUGCUGCAUGGGUCAAUCUGAGCUGCUCUCAUCAGCCACCAGCAGGAAGUGGUUUCCAGCAAAACCCACUGUAUGCUGCCUUUCCAGCUCCCAAGCAACUAAUGAAAUCUGAACAUGGAAAGACAUGAGAGUGGACACAAUACAUUUAUAAGCACAUUAUAGGUAAGGACAGUGGGUCUGACAGCUUGUUGGAAAGUUCUGCCUGCAUGUGGCCAAAAAACUAACGCUUGGGUUAUGCCUUUGGUCAGUCAGUAGCUGCACUGCUUGGGAAGAAAAAUGUUUUUUUUACUGAAUAUGUCUGGUAAGUCAUAAUCAUGGUUAUUCAUGCUUGAAUGUGUCUAAACAAUACUGAUUCAGCAGCCAUUGUUUCUUUAUUUUUUGCAUUGAUUUGCUUUGGUACUCAUCAUUUUCAUUCACUCAGGUAUAUUUAGCUGUUUAAUUUUUUACGACAUACUUUCCAGACACAACGAUACAGCUCCAGUAAUUACUUGAGUGUGCUCUGACAACUGCAGCUGGGCACAGUGUUGAUAGUGCUAGGUUUUUAUUGUUAUUGUAUGUAAUUAUACUCAUUUCAUGUUCUGUAAGAUAAUUUUUUACCAAAUGAUAUUUUUUUACGCGCUGGUACAGCUCUGGAAUGUUGAAUUAUGUUUGCACUGAGAAUACUGACCAUGCCAUUUCUAUUGUGUACCAUCAAUUUCAUUUGCUAGAGACAAUUAGAUGCUUUUUUUUAAAUUGCCCAAAAAUGAGCCAGUCAAUUAUGUAUUGGACAGUUUGUGUAAUUUGCCAGUAAAAAAAAAAAAAAAAAGCCGAUUUCCAUGUGUUGUCUUUUUUAUUCGAGUUGAAUCAAUUGGAAAAAGGGUACAACUUAAAAUGUGAAUAUAUUUUGUGCUUAUGCUUUGGUUGUUAAAUUCUAGUCGACUCCUCCGUCAGUGACAUCCUUAGGCAGAAUACUGAUUGAGGCAAAGUCAAACCAGUGUCUUUCAUGACUAUGUUUUCACUGCCACCUUUUGUCAACAUCUUGGACCUCUCUCUCCAACUUUCUCCCUCUCAUUCAGUCGGGCUUACAUUAUACAGUGCUCGGGCUGCCAUACUAAUUAGCACUGCACAAAGUGAAUGUAAAGGAGAGCAUUUACUAUCCUGCCCACGGUUGCCAAUAUAAACCUUUUUUUUCUGACACCAUGUUCUUUAUGUUCAGUCCCUGUCAUUCCCACUGAGGGCUCUGCCAGAAAGCACUGUUUGUGUAUGCCUGACUGUGUUGCCAUGACAACCUGGCAGAGAGGAUGUUGCCCAAUUUGUCAUGGAGUUAAAAAAAAAAAGUUUUAUUAUAGACACAGAUACAAGCUACAUAUUUCUCCGGAGAACUAGAAGAGAGAGGAGUGUAUCUGAAGUGAAGCGAGCGUGAGCUGUAAUCUGUACAUUGAGAUUCCCAGCUGUGCUCCCCAUGAAUACACCGAGAAGCAUCCGAUUACUUGCUCACUUGCACUUUGCAUUUGCGGUCAGAGCGGAUACGCUGUGUUGCAUUCUAGUCACAGUGUGAGACUUACAAGCUACAUGCUGCACCAACACUGCCUGCCUGCUGGGAUUUCACAAAGCGUUGGGAGUUCAGAGGCAAAUGGAGACAAGUGUACAAGCCGAAUUGAAAACAUGCUUUUGUUCACAACCGGUCUUGACAAGACGGUGAAUCAAGAUAAAAAUCUUUGAUUUGAAACAUGAUCAUGCCCUAGACUGGAAUGUAGAGAGGAUAAAACAUACCCUUUACUCAAUAUAAUAAAUGUCUAGUUUAGAUUUAUGUCUAUUUUUUCUGGAGUCAAAGGUUAUUCUGUCAGUUUAGGGAGGAAAAGGCUGCAGGAGCUGGAUGGUCUCUCAGCUAUUGUAAAUGUUUUGGAGAUGUAAACAUGAAAGUGACAACCACAUUUGUCUCUGCAUAAAUUCUAAUAAACCAAACAUGAAAAUGGAA